CUUCGUGUACUGAAGUAGUCCGCGCUCCGCACAGCGCACGCAGCAACGCCGCUGUUAGCGCACUGAUCAGGUGUCGUUCAUCUCUCAACCUGCUGUGAAAGAGUUACAGCGUGGCUGAUACACAAACUCCUUUCCCCUCCCCACCAACGUCACCAUCCCUCCGAAACUAACAACAUGGAGUCCGGUGUUUAGAGUGCAAAGGCGGUCUUCACCGUUAGCUAAACCUAUAUGCUUUUCCCUUUGCUCCUGAGGGAAGGCAGCGACGCUCCGGGACGCAUUAAGCGCAACGCACACAUGCUCUAUAAGCGUCAGUGCGUUCGUGCCACUUGAAUCCAUAUAGGACAUGGAGAGAGCGAUGUGAUUGGACGCAGAAGAUUCCAAAGACAGGCCGCUUUCCAAAUGGAAUUGCUCUUCAUAAUGUAGGACAGGAGAGGUGGACAGCAGUUGCACCCAAGCUAGUGCACCAGGGGACCAUGGAGCCUGAGGAGGAUCUCUCGACCAGGGACCCCCAAGAUCUGAUGUCCAGCCCAGGGCUACUGCCUUCAACAUCCACCUCCUUACUCAGCUGCACCUUCCUGGGGGGGUUAUUGCAUUGUGAUGACAUGGAUAAGGGUGAUGGAAAUGGAGAUUCAGACGGUCCAAAAUGCUUUUUCCCCACACUGGAGCAUUGUGGUAAAGUACAGAGAAGCCCACGAUCUUCAGCCUUCCCCUCGUCUCUCACAUGGGACUCGGACUCGGAGAAAGAAACCUUGGACGAGGAAGAACUUCAGCACUUUUCUAACCCUCAUGGUCUGGCUGCUCACAGCCCAGGAAGUCCCACCUCUGGACAACAAGAAGACAGAUUUGACAUCGAUACAUGCCAAGAACCUGUGGAAACCAAGAACUUAUUUCUUGAGAAGAUCCCACUUGCCCCCCUGGAGGUGGAGAAUCAAGGAGAUGUUACAUACGAGGAGAUUAAAACUACAGACUCCAGCCUACCUAAACGUACAGCAAAACUUAAAAAAACCUUUUGCUGUUUUCUUGCAGUGGAACAAGACAAAGUGAGCCAUCUACCAGAUACUACACUGAAAGAGGGAUGCCAAAAAGACAAAAAAGAUGAGCAGAAAAUGCUUAAUAGUAAAGGGCGAGAAGAGAAGAUCACCAAAGAGCCAGAUGUAUACACCUUCCCAGGAGACUCUGAACCAGAAAGUCCACCACCUGGGCCUUGGGCGCACUGCACCUUCAUCCAACGGCGAAGAAAAAAGAGGGCCAUAUUGAGGCCUUUCUCUGGCUUAGAUACUUGGCAGCGCACAACGGGAGCCGGCAGGAAGACCAGAGGAAAACCCUCGGGAGCAAAGGAGCGUAGGAAAACCACAAAGGUUGGGGAAGGGAUGUUUGAAUUUAAAGAGGAAAAGGAAGAGAAGGUACGGGGAAGGCAGAGGUCAGUAGUAGAGCACCAACUGGAUGGAGACCUCUCCCAAGAGAUUUUUACAUGUGUAGAAUGUAGCAUUUACUUCAAAAAACGCACCCAUCUACGUGAACACAUGCAAGAGCAUGGCCAGGUUGGUAGAUCUGGGAAGAAAUGGCAAUGUGGAGAAAAAGACUCUUGGAGUGGACAUCUUAAUAAAAAUGCUUUUGAAUGUAUAGAGUGUGGUCUGGAGUUUGUAGACAAGGUACUGCUGCUGGAUCAUCAGCGAUGUCAUGAGGAGUCACGGCAGAAAAUCCUUGAAGAGAUUGGAAAAUUAAAAGAGGGGGAUAAGCGGGUGGCACAGCAAGCCAGUUGCAGUAAGGCAACGGAGCCAGUCAACCAAGAGUCAACAGAUGUUAGCCAGUUUGUGUGUCUCAAGUGCAACUUUAGCUCUGAUUUGCCUCAAGAACUUGCUGAGCAUGCCAAGACGCACAACACUCGAACAAGAGCUGGUGUCUAUCGAACCUCACCCCGCUUUCAACAGAAGUCCUGCAAGAAAGGACAAGUUCAAUCCUCUGCAGAUGUUACAUCAACUCUUGUCACAUCACCUCUCAACAAGAGGUACCCCAUCCGGGCAUCCAAAAAAUCUAAAGAAACACAGCCCGAAAGUGACACUUCACAGGUGGACUCUAGUUCGUUGUCUUGUCAAAGUGCUUCUGCAACCCCAGGAGAGGCCACAGAGCAACCUGAUAAUACAACUCUGCAUGAAAAUACAGACCCUGUGGAGGAGUUGAGACAAACAGAAGAGCCCAAGACAACUCUGGAUAAUCCUGUGGAAGAGAAUGCUCCACAACCUCAGCAUCUCAUGUCGUCUCCGCCAAAUCCCAGGGCUGCUCCGCGGCGUAAGGAUGUGGCAUUCAAAAGUAUAGGGAAUAAACGCUCAGUCCGGGCCACAAGGGGUAAACUGGGGCGCACAAGAGCGAGUACAAGACUAGAUCCUAAGUCCACCCUUACUCCCGUUAUGAAAAAACAAGUACAAAUCUCAAACCAGACCGAAGAUAAGUGCCAGAAAGAAGACAUUCCAACACCAGAACCAGAGCAUGAUCCAAAACAAGACUCCAAAACAGACUCUGUGGAGGUACCUGCCCUGGCCUUGCAGCUGAAGAGCAGCUUCUCAGCCAGCCUCCGAGGGGCAGCAGAGAGGCUGGGGUUGCUUGAGGGGCAGCAAGCCCAGCUAAGAAACAAGUUACCCCUCAUCCUCAUAGAGUCUCUCAGCUCUGACCUCCAAACUCCCCUCUUAUGCAGCAGGGUGAUGGAGACGGAGCCACCUGCCAGUGAUCCGGAUCUCAAAGCCAAUUCCGCCUCGCCAAAAAAGAACAGCAAAAAGCUUGAAGCACAGGAGGAGGAACCCAAACUCAAAGAAGAAAAAUCUGAUAGUCACGAGAAGAGUGGAGAAGACACACUUGUUGCUGCAAAACUAGAAGAUGAUGAUGAAGAUGAUGAUAUUGAUGAUGACGAAGAUGAAGAGGAUGUUGUUAGUCGUCUUAUUGAUGCAUUAACUGAGGAAGAUGAUGAUAGAGAGGGGUUGUUGAAGAGUGUGGAAAGAAAAUGCCCUUAUUGCCCAGAUAGAUUCCAUAAUGGCAUCGGACUAGCCAAUCAUGUUAGGGGUCACCUGAACAGAGUGGGUGUCAGUUACAAUGUUAGGCACUUCAUCUCUCCGGAAGAGGUCAAUGCCAUUGAGAAGAAAUUCUCCUACCAGAAAAAAAAGAAAAAAGUUGCCAACUUUGACCCGUCGACCUUCAGCGUAAUGAGAUGUGAGUUCUGCAGUGCUGGCUUUGACACCAGAGCUGGUCUCUCCAGUCAUGCCCGAGCCCAUCUCAGAGACUUUGGCAUCACCAACUGGGAAGUCACGGUUUCACCUAUUAAUAUUCUCCGAGAGCUUUUUGCCAAGCAUCCAGAUCUUGUUCUACCCACUGCACCCACUCAUACUCUCCAGUCAAGUCAAGAGCAAAACUCUGAUGAGGAGCAAGAGGGCAGGAAAGACAUGAAGGAUGAGGAGAACAUGACAGCAGAACCCACCACUCUUUCUUCUGACUCUCCAAAACGGCGCUGGAAGGAAGAGCACAAUAUAAGUGAACUAGAGGAUGGGGAGGAGGCAGACGAUGGGGAAGAGGAAGAAGAGGAGGCCCAAAUGCCUGUUACAGAUAAAUUGGCCACAAGUCCAGUAGAAAAGACCCUGUUCUCUAUUGAGGAACAGAGCCCUGAAUCCAAAGAGACAGACACUAUGGGCUCUAACCUGUUGAAAUGUGAGUUCUGUGGUGCUGCCUUCGAGACACGUCGUGGUUUGUCUAGCCAUGCCCGCUCUCACCUACGCCAGCUCGGCAUCGGUAUGUCAGAGAACAGUGGCGCACCCAUUGAUCUCCUCUACCAGAUUACUAAGGAACGCUCCAUUGAUGCACACUUCACUGCCACCUCCCCUACUGUGGAAUCUCCUAAGAAGCUCCAGCACCAUGCCCCUAUUGUUCCUAUACCUAGCCCCACAAAAGAUGUUGAAACUGAAGAAGGAAUGCUGGACACCAAGCCCCCUGUCCCAUUCUCUAUUGCGGCUUCUGCUAUUAAAGUUUCCUCUUCCCCAACUACUCACUCUGCAGCUGGCUCCCUGCCUUCCUCUCCAUUUGUAAAGUCUCGGUCCCCUUCCCCAGUGCUGAGAAAGGCUCCCAUCUCUUCCCUCCUACCCGUGACUUCCCCACUGCGAUCCCAGGAGCAUAAGACCUUAGGAAAGAACCAGUCUACAAACCUCUCCAGUCCAAACAAACCAUUCUGGGCACCGCAAGAUACGGAUGCCCCAUUGAAUCUUACGAUGGACAUGGACUCUAAAGACAUUAUUUGCCAGUUGUGUGGUGCAUGGUUUGAAACAAGAAAAGGCCUCUCGAGUCAUGCUCGUGCCCAUUUGCGCCAUUUUGGGAUUGAGUACUCAGAAUCCAAGGGCUCCCCCAUUGACUUACUCAAUCGGUUCAUCUUGACUGAUGACUUUAAGCACAGAGCAAAUUCUUUUCUCUCAGAUGGUCCAGAAGACCUGAGGUCCCAGAAGACCAGCAUGACGUCCCUCUUACCCUCCACUUCCACUUCCCCUAAGAGAUCUCUUCCCUCCAGCCCUGUCCUAUAUAAAACAGCAACCUCUUCUUUGAGGACAACAAUUGGCUCCAAAGCUACCUCCUCUUCUUCCCACCCCUUAUUGGGCCCACCCCCAAAGAAGCUGAAAGCAUCCUCAUUGCAGGUCCUUCGUUUCAGUAGUGGGGAAGUGAUGUCCUUUCCUAUUGAGCCGAUGAAAGACGUGGGCUGUGAAUUCUGCGGAGAACUUUUUGAGAACCGCAAAGGCCUCUCCAGUCAUGCUCGCUCCCAUCUGCGCCAACUUGGGAUCACCGAAUGGUCUGUGAAUGGCUCACCUAUUGACACACUAAAAGAGAUUAUAGUCCGCCGAGGCCUGCCGUCCAUCAUACCUCUGAAGUCCCCCAAAUCCCCCUCUUCUUCUCCGAGCCCUGGACUGCCUCGGCCCGCACUCCAGUCCUCUUCCCCACCAGGGAAUGUGCUUGGGCGCCUGCCUUUCCAUUUUGCCCACACUCCAAGCCACGACCAGCCUACUACCCGCAAAAUGUCUCCUUCGACAUCUACUGCCAGUUCUUCCCCAACCGUAGAGCUGGUUAAACCGAAACCAGAGCCUGAAAUUGUAGAGGUUACCAUGAAAGGAUCAGACAUGGGAGUAAAUGAAAGCUACAACCCAGAGCCACUACAUUCCAGUUUAAACACUUCAGAUAAUGUUUAUCCAGUCAACUUGGUUAUGACUCAGGAGAAGGAACCUUCCCGUGAUAUUCGCUGUGAAUUCUGUGGCGAAUUCUUCGAAAACCGUAAAGGCCUCUCAAGCCAUGCGCGUUCACACUUGAGGCAUAUGGGUAUCACAGAGUGGUCUGUGAAUGGCUCGCCCAUUGACACGCUGUGGGAAGUCAUGAGGAGACAAGGCACUACCCCUGCAUCUGUUGCCUUGGGCAUAAAGGAGGAACCGGGUCAGGAUGGUGGGAUUUCAUUGAACAGUCCAGGCUAUCAGUCCUCUGCCCUGUCCCGCAAGUCACCUCUUAACCUGCUCCACUCGGGCUCGCGUCUUCAUAAGCAUGGGCUGGGAAGCGUUGGCUUGUCCUCCACCUCACCUGUGGGGAAGAUUUUUGGAGUGCCUCCACUGAAGAAGAAGGUGCUGGUGGAGGAGGGACAGCCAGGAGAGAAAGCACUGCUCAUCCAAUCUAAAAACUUCUCUCCUCCCCCACAGGACUAUUCCUUUAAGGGUAAAGCCUCAGUGGAGAAGCAUGGGGUAGGCCACAUGGAUGCCAGUUGUGAACUCUGUGGAUUCUACUUUGAGAACCGGAAGGCACUGGCCAGUCACGCUCGAGCACAUUUACGACAGUUUGGCGUGACGGAGUGGUGUGUAAAUGGCUCGCCUAUCGAGACGCUGAGUGCCUGGAUACGCAGCCGUCCACAGAAGGCAGCAGAGAUGCAGCAAAGUUAUGCACAAGGAGCCCGCUAUGCCCAAAAAAAAAGGUGCAGUUCCGCUCUCUCACCGUCCUGUGACUCUGACCCUACAACUCCUGUUUCUCAAAAGCCCUCACUGGCCAAAUGGGCAUCUCUCACUUUGCCUCAAAAGAGAGCAAUUGGACGGGAUGUCAACAGUUGUUCCUGGGGGCUGUCAUCACGGGGAACUGACGCAAAAAGCAGAAGUGGAAGUUCCACUCAGCAUGGCCUUAUUCCACAGCCUGGCACUCAUCAUUCCAAUAAUGCACUUCCACAUGCGCAGGUGGCGCAUAGUGAACUCAACGUGCGUUUGCCACGAGGAUUUGAGAGACGGCCACUUAAACACCCAUCACAUGCUGAAGGAGGGGAGGGAGAGAGUGGCCCCCCAAAGCCUCGCUCCGGUACCGUUCCUGCCCUUGUGCCAAAGCCCCCCUCCACCCCACUGGUUAGACUUGUGGGUAAAAUUUACUCACUCAAGUGCCGGUUCUGUGAUGUGGAGUUUCACGGCCCUCUCUCAGUACAGGAGGACUGGAUCAGGCACCUACAGCAGCACAUUCUCAAUCUCAACUACAAUAAGACUGCUUCACCCGCAAACGACACUCCUGCCCAAAGUGACACUCCUGAUCCCAAGCCCCUAGUCUCAGCUGCUACCUCCACGUCAACUACAACCACAGCUCCUGCCACGACCCUGUCCACGCCCUCCCCAAAGCCCACAACUACACCCACAUCAGCCUCCACACCUACUCCCGCCCCCAGCCAAGCCUCCGCGGGGCGGCCGGCCGCAGCAGAGCCAGUUCCUACUCCUGCUAAUUAGGCCAUGUGUCCUUCCUACAUAUGUAUGAGAUGCCAUCAUCUUCACCAGUUAUUUCCAUGAUUUGUUUCUGUAUUACUCAUCUUUGAUUAUUUCAAUCUCUGAUCAAAGGGAGAGAUUUUUCGAAAAAUCUAGCGACCCACUUACCCUGACCUACAUCACGAGCAUCUGUUAUGAUUCAGGCGUGAGGUAGGUGUGUUGCCAUGACAGUUCUCAUCUCCCUUUUGUCUCGUAAGGAUCGACCGUUAUUUAUGAACAAGAAAAAGUCACAGUACAAUGCAACUUUACAUUUGUUUUGUGGAUAAGCUUUGAUUGUUUCGAAAAGCAGAAUGAGUAUGUGGUGGGUUCAGUUCAGUAAGCUAUUUGGCCCUAAUGACUAAUAUUUGUUUAAAAUUAUCUCACAAAACUCUUUAGCUUACCAAAUGUAUUCUUAAAUUGUCGACAAAUCAGAGAAUUACAAUCAAAAAGGCACAGAUGUAAAACUCAACCUUAAAUGGUUUCACUAUGAAGCACUUAAACAAAAGGCCUUGACCCUUUGAAACAAAGCUUAUCUGUUUCUAGCAUUUGCAAGUUCACAGUUUGUAACUCUUUUAGCUGUGAUAAUUGACUACAAGCCUGCACUGCCAUGCAGUUAUCAAAAGAUAUGAGCCGUUCAUUUUAAGCAGACACAGAUGGGUUUGUGUCCAAACGGGACAUGCCUUUUCUUUUCUGCAGUCCCACUGCAAUCUAGACAUGAUGAUCUGAGUUGAAUCUUGCCACUUAGAGUUGAUGAUCAAAUUUGUCUGGAACCGAUUGCUGCUAAAUAUUUAAAUAAGCUAAGCACACUUAGUUAAAUGCAUCGUUUUAGCACAUUACCAACAAAAUGAGCAUGCAAAUUCUGUCAUGCCUUCCAUUUGUAUUCAACCACACGUAUUUAUGCCUUCGUUGCUUUUUUGUAUGGCACAUUGUUUUGUAGCGCGUUUGCACAAGCUUAUGCGAUGCUUUGCAUAAUGCUUUGAUGAAUCCGAUCCUAUGUCGCUCCAUUUUCUCUCCAUUUAAUUCUGUGCUUAGCACAAAGUAAACUCUAAAUGAAACAGUCGACGCUGCUGUCUAAAAGUCUUCUUUGUUGCUUUUUAAAUGAUAAUGAAUCUUUCUGAGAAAUUGUCUUGGAACAAGUUGAUGGCCCGAAGUAUUUUAUGCUCAUAAAAGUCACUUUUUUCCCAUAACCCAAAUUAUGGCUCAUCUGAAUGUUAAAUGAACUGAACUAUUUGGCUACACUACAUUUGAAUGUUUCACAAGAGUAAAAGGUUAAUGCACCUUUAUCUGCAAAGAAUUAGGGGGUGUUUGUGUGUGUGUGUGUGUGUGUGUGUGUGUGUAUAUAUAUAUAAUAAUAUAUAUAAAUAAUACAUAUAUAUAGUUUGUUUUUCUGAGCAUAAAGUGCUAAGUUUGACCAUUUUUCUUAAAAAUGUUUUUCCCUGUACCAAUUUGAAGGCAUUUUCACAAAAACGUAAACUGUAGAAAUUUGCCAGUGACAGAAUGUGCCAAAGAGAACGUCACACAUGUCUCUGUUGCUUUAGCUUUUGCAAGUUUUUUGCAAGUCCGUUGUUUUGUCUUUGAGCAGUUGAUGGCGGCAGCAGAUUUGCUGCUGUGGAUUUGCUUGAAAAAAAAAAAAAAAAAAAAAAUGGAAACUAACAAUUGAGUUAUACUAUAUGAGUAUACUAUACAAGUACACCAUACUCAUGGUGCCAGGAAUUAUGACGAUUUUUACCGCGAAUAUGGUGACUGCCUCCCAAACAUACGAGUGCUUUUGGUUAAAUUUCCAUAUCUGCACAGGAAAGCAAUAACAAACCGGUCCACUAUGGAUGUUUGUUUCAGCUUUCACGACUUAACUCUUGACUGUUAGGCUUUUAGUAUUCCAAAAGGGAAUAUUAUUGAUAUAUCUAACCUAACAUAUGUAUAGACAAGAAGAAGAUAUUAACAGUUUAACACUUCAAAUGUGAUCUUGAUCAUUGUGAAUUUAUUUUGAUUUUUAAUGCUGUGUAUUUUUUAAUGAGACGUGCGUUCCUUUACUUGCAGUUACAUACCAGUGGAAUAGAUCAGUGUUUUAUUUUUUAUUCUGUCAGUUUCUCUUUUAAGAUACAGUACAUUGGUGCUCAUGCGGACGAGUGGAUGUGAAUGGAUUUUUAAUUGAAGAUUGUUCCAAAGGGAGAUUGUUAAGUCCUUGCGCAAGGACUCUAAAAAUGUGUCUUAAAUGCAACUUCUCUGUACAUUAUGUUCUUGGUUAGUUGGGUCAUUUUGUGACUGUUGCCCAGUUGGCAUGUGCUUUACAGCUGAUGGUGUACGUUCUCCUAAAUAUCUCCUCAGCUGGUUUAGACUGCGGUGUCUGUACAAGUAUUUGUGUGUAUGAGAGCGACGAAAAGACUUUUUGUGGCUGAAAGAGAGAAAUGCCAUGGAAGUGUUGACCAGAGGAAGAUUCGUGUGAAUCUGCUCUUGAAUGAAAAUCAUUAAAUGUGAUCUGAAAUCUCA